GCUCCGGAUAAGUGGGUUUCUCCGCUUACCCCUCUUUAUAGCUGCAAAGUUGCAUACUCUUCCUCUGCCCACUAUAUAGAUCUAUGCUGUGAGAGCUUGAAUUGCAGGUGAGGAGCUGUCGGCUCAAGGUUCAUCCAUUCUGCGAACGAAGAAGAGAGGUGACCAAGCGCUGAAGGAUGAGUGAAGAAGAGGUAAAGAAGGUGGAGGCCGGAGGAGAGGCAGCUGCAGCAACUGCAACGCCGCCGCCGGAGCUGCCAUCGUUGGAGCCGGCAAAGGAUGUGACGGAGGAGAAGGCGGUUAUACCGCCGGUGCUGGAGGAGAAGGUCGACGACUCGAAAACUCUUGCUAUUGUGGAGAAAGUUGCAGACCCUCCGACAGAGAAAAGCCCCGGUGGUUCAAUAAAUAGAGAUGCUGUUCUUGCAAGGGUUGAAACCGAGAAGCGAUUGUCUUUAAUAAGGGCUUGGGAAGACAGUGAAAAGGUCAAAGCUGAGAAUAAGGCAAUUAAGAAGGUAUCAGCUAUUGCUUCAUGGGAGAACACAAAGAAGGCCGCUAUAGAGGCUGAACUGAAAAAGAUAGAGGAAGCUCUGGAAAAGAAGAAGGCAGAAUAUGUAGAAAAAAUGAAGAACAAGGUUGCUUUAAUUCACAGGGAGGCAGAAGAGAAGAGAGCAAUAACGGAAGCCAAGCGUGGAGAAGAAAUUCUCAAGGCUGAAGAGACGGCAGCUAAAUACAGAGCAACAGGACUUGCUCCAAAGAAGCUCCUUGGAUGCUUCUGAGGACGCUGAUGAUUGAUAUUGUUAUGUUGUUAUGUUGAUUUAUUAAGAAUAGUGAGUUCUGCCUAAGUUUCAGUGUGCUGUGUAAAUUAUCAUGUUCUUGUAUAUACACAAGUAAUUUGCCUGAACAAACUUUAUUUAUGUAUUCUUUAAUCCAUGUUGUCUGAAUUGAUAAUUUUCUCUUAUUUGUAACAUGUAACAUACAUAUAUCUGGAAUAUUGAUCAAAUGUUGGUCAUAAUGAACGAUGUUGUGUUGUAAUGUGA